CCUAAUUGGUUGCGCUGGAAUCGGGUUAUUUGACUCCGCCGGAUAUCGUAGUAUGCAUCCGACCUUUGAAUCAAUAACAGCCAUCUUGAAUAUGUUCAGGUGAGGACAUAACAUCAAGCAGUGAGCGUGCACAAAAAGAGAGCAGCUAUAUACAGACCGGCUGUCUAUCCGACCAUAUUCAGCCGAGCACCUACUAAGUCUCAGUGAAUGGAAACAAAAUAGACCGGGCGGAGACCCCGCGACAACUUUUCCGGAGCCCCGCCGCAUUGACCGGCCUCCUGGUUGGGCAGAUGACAUUGAAACCCUUUCUCGACUGAACAGUUUUCCUUUUUCUUUCUUCUCUUCUUUUCUUUUCUCAGGUCGCUUGGUCUGUUCGGUCUUUCGUUGAAAAUCCUCCUCAAUUAUCUACAAUGGUUGAAAGCGUUCUCGACGACAUCUCCCACCGGAGGUUCAACCCCCUCCGGGGAUCUUACAUCCUAGUUUCUCCUCACAGGACUAAGCGCCCGUGGCAAGGACAGCAGGAGAGCCCCUCCAAGACCACCUUGCCCGCUUAUGACCCUGCUUGCUAUCUGUGCCCAGGUAACAAGCGCGCGCAGGGAGACACCAAUCCCAAGUAUGAGAAGACGUUUGUCUUUGUCAACGAUUACAGUGCCGUCAAGGAGGAGCAGGCUCCUUAUAACCCUGAGGGCGGAGAUAGUGUCGAGUCAUUCUUUCUCAAGGCCGAACCUGUGACGGGCAAAUGCUAUGUGUUGACCUUUUCUGCGGCCCAUAACCUCACCCUGGCAGACUUAUCGCCAGCCGAGAUUGUCCCUGUCGUAGAUGCAUGGACCGAGAUCUACUCGGCCCAUUUGUCGCCCAAGUCUCCUCUGGCCGCCGUGGCUCCUGCGACCACACUGCCUCCCAACUCCCCCUUCGCCAACUUGUCCAAGCCCAAGGAGCAAUACCGGUACAUGCAGAUCUUCGAGAACAAGGGCGCUGCUAUGGGCUGCUCGAAUCCCCACCCCCACGGUCAGGUUUGGACCACCAGCUCGCUGCCUGAAGAGCCAGCGAUGGAACUGGAGCAGAUGAAGAAAUAUCGACGGGAGCACCAAGGCAAGCAUAUGCUGGAAGACUAUGCCGCCCUGGAAUGCCGGAAGCAGGAGCGCGUCGUAUUUGAGAACGAGGCUUUCCUGGUCGUCUGCCCGUGGUGGGCAACCUGGCCGUUCGAAACCAUGAUCGUCAGCAAGAAGCACAAGCGCGCGCUCGUUGACCUCAAUGAGAACGAGAAGGCCCAGCUGGCCGAGGCCAUCGCCGAGAUCACCAGACGGUACGACAACCUCUUCGAGACGCACUUCCCUUACAGUAUGGGCAUUCACCAGGCGCCGCUCGAGGGCACCAAUGAGGAGAUCGAGUCUUCGUACCUGCACCUGCAUUUCUAUCCUCCGCUGCUGCGCAGCGCAACCGUGCGGAAGUUCUUGGUCGGGUAUGAGAUGAUGGCCGAGCCCCAGCGUGAUAUUACCCCUGAACAAGCGGCUGCGAGAUUACGUGGUUGCGGAGGAGAGUUGUACAGGAAGAAGAUGGACGCAUGAGGCGAGUCAGAGGAACCAACUUUUGUAUAGAUAAUUAGGUUAGUGCUAGGAAUACCCAUAUCCUGUCUUG